CAAAGGAGGGAGAGCUCUGAUGCGGGAGUCGCCAGCCGUUCGUGAUGUGACGCGGGGGCUACGCAGGGUCACGGCGCGUGAGGGCGGACCGCUGACUCCAUGACCACGCCGACCAGAACUCCCGUGCCACCGGCCGGGCCGAGGGCCGGCGACGGCGCCGUCCCCGGCCGCGGCACCGGCCCCGACACGACGGCUGCCGCGUCCGACGCCGGCCGGCGUGCCCGCCGCUCCCCCGCCAAGCGCGUGUACUUCUACAAGAGCGGCGACCCGCAGUUUGGCUCCCUGCCGUUGGUGGUGAGCGAGCGCAGCUUCCGUACGUUCGAGUCGCUGCUGGACGAGCUGUCGCGCCGCGUGCCGCUGCCCAUGGGCGUGCGGCGGGUCACCACGCCGCAGGGACGCCACGUCGUGAACCAGCUCAACGAGCUCCACGACGGCAGCGCCUACUUGUGCAGCGACCACCACCGCCGCCGCCGCCAGCCGCACGCGCCUCCUCCGCCGCACCCGCCAAACCGGCGUCCGGCCGCGGGAGUGGGCAACGUCAACGAGGACGAUGAUGAUGACCGGCACCACCACCAUGACCGCCACGAUUACCACCAGCAGCACCACGACCACAACCAGCAUGACCACCACCAGCAGCACCAACGACACCGUCACGGCCGUGACGAUCUGCAGGAGACACAGCGUGGUGGUGGCGGCGGUGGCGGCGGUGGAGGAGGAUGGAGACCGAUUGUUCAGCCUCCCAGAGAGCCGCGGAGGAGCGCCGGUCACAUCAAGCGUUUGACACUCUUCAGGAACGGCGCGGUGGGACCACAGAGGGCUCUGCUGCUCAGCCGGCAGUCGGCACCCAACCUGGAGGCGGUGCUCGCCUACUUCUCUGAGAUUCUGCAGUGCCCCGUGCGCCAGCUCUACACCAGGAAUGGCAGCAGGGUGGAGAGUCUAGAGGACCUCUUCAAUGGUCCAAGUUCCCUGGUGGCCGCUGGCUCGGAGCCCUUCAGAGCCGUGGCCUACGACGGCGUGACGAGUCGCCACAAGCUGCCGGGGCUGGCAAAGGUGGCUCGUGGGCCGGAGCCGUCGGCCACACCCGCAAACUUUGGUCUUGAGGCGAGCAAGAAAGUAAUUCACCCACGGCUACCAUCGAGCCGCCACUCCAGGUAUAGCUUCUCUAUCGCCUCGGACCGCGUGUAUGGCAAUGGAGACUCCUCAACAGCAAGCCUGGUCUCUUCGGUCAGUCGGCUGGCUGCCAAGGAUCACCACCAAGAAGACCACCACCACCUGCCACAUGGCCAUACAGCCGCCAAAGUGCGGCGAACCGACAAACCGUCGGACGUGCGCAAGCAGAUUCGAGUGAACACCGAUGGCAGCAUGACGGUGGAGAUGAACGUGCGCCUCAAUCUGGAGGAGGAGGAGACCGUGCGCUGGGUCACCAACAUCAGCCGUGAGAAGAGCGGGGCCGAGCGCCGCGUGGGACAGGCGGUCACCAACGAGGGCUACGGCACGGACGACAGCAUCGGGCCAAUGGGAGACGACGGCUCGGUCACCAUUGCCUGCUGUGACGACGACGAUGAAGUUGAUGAUGACGACGGCGGUGACGAUGAGAUGCAACGCAGGAGACGGUGCUUCGAAGGGAAGUGCCCACCAAUGGAGAAUCUGUUCGGGGUGAACGCGAAGCGGCAGGUGGUGGACGAACUGCAGAGGGCGGCUCUCCAGCAAGGCGGUGAUGCGUACGAGGGGUGGCACAAUGAUCGCGCCGAUGACGCUGAGUUUGACAAUGAUGGGAGGAGCUCUUCCUUCACGUCGAAGAACGAGCGCUUUUCCUUCUUCACGGUGGCUGAGGGAGAAGUGAAGGAGCGGCGGUUUGAUUCAUUGCCGAUGAUGAGCAUGGCGCCAGCAGCGACAAACGUGUCGGUGAUGGCAAUGUGCAACGACGUGCUGGAGUACUGUACCACGAGCCGGUGCAGUACGCACAGCAGCAGCUGGUCGUCGCUCCGCGUGGUCAAAGAGCUACGAGGAAGGGUCUCCCGGCCCAGCGUCGCUGAAGGUCGUGUCAAGGCACAGCAAAAGCGGCGUCAGUGGUACCAUCAGCAGGGCUGCUUCUUCCGUAUCCUCCGCUGA